AUGGCUGCUCCAUUCCCAUCGCCGACUGGCACCUGGCACACCAAAGAACAGCCUUCAGGCUCGCCCUCUCGACCUGAAGUGUCCGCCAAAGGCAAGAACGUCCUGAUCACUGGUGGGGGAACUGGAAUUGGAGCAGAGACAGCUCGCUACUUUGCUCAGGCUGGUGCACCCAGAAUCGCUCUUCUCGGCCGCAGGAAGCAACCAAUGCUGGACACCAAGGCUUCGCUCCAGAAAGAGUUCCCGAACCUCGACGUCUUCGUGGCAUCGACGGACAUCACAAAGAAAGACGAUGUUGAUAAGGCGUUCGCAGACUUCGUGGGCGCGGGGAAGCUGAAUGUCCUAGUCAGCAAUGCCGCGAUGAUUGGGCCCCAGGAGUCGGUCGGCGAGGCGGACGCUGGCAAGUUUGUUGAUGCCAUCCAGCAGAAUAUCAGCGGAGCCGUGAAUGUGGCCCAGGCAUUCCUUCGCCACGCAACGGAGGAUGCGGUCGUCGUCGAAAUCAAUUCGUCAGCGGCUCAUGUCAACUUUGCUCCCAAGUUCAGUGCAUACAGCGUCGCAAAACUGGCGGUGUUCCGACUUUGGGAUUCACUUGCAUUUGCGAAUCCAGGCUUGAGCGUUUUCCAUGUGCAGCCUGGGAUCGUGAACACUGACAUGAAUAAGGAAGCUGGGGGCGUAGAAGCGAUCGGUUUCGAGGAUCAUGUUUCUCUGCCGGCGAGUUUCAGCCUGUGGCUGGCAAGUCCCGAGGCCCGGUUCUUGAAGAACAAGUAUCUUUGGGCCAAUUGGGACAUUGAAGAGCUGAGGCGGAGGGCGGAGGAGCUCGAGGCGGGUCCGCAGCUCAGCAUUGGGCUCGUCGGCUGGCCAUUUCAGGAUAGAGACUGGAAGGUUCAGCUCGCCCCCGGGAAGUGGUGA